AUGUCAAUCUGCAACCAAGACAGAAACGAAAAUGAGCCCAGCGACCAGAGUGUCAAGGAUACCGAAGAUCCACAGGCUACUAUUGUCGGCGGAUGGUUAAGCACUCCUGUCCUCUUAUCGCAUUACACCCCAGAAGAUCUUGACAAAGUAGUGAGACUCUGCGUUGGCCAACCUCCAUCGGCGCUGGUGGGUGCGGGACACAAGCAAGGAUUUCUCUGGCUCGAUCAAGCCGGGGUUGACCAGCGCGACGUGUCGCCCCGCAACACCGAGCUGCGGCGGCAGGGCCUCAUCUUUCAGAACGCAAAGCAUUCUUUCGUCUGGUUCACGAGGCUCAACAGGAAUUCCCUGGCCGCAAUCUGCAACGGGCUCAUUGCAGCGUCGCAGGAGGCACAAGAAGUGCGUCUCGAGCGCACAACCACAGACAAGACUCCGAUGUCGUGGGUCUCAACAACUACGUCUCUCGUCCUUGAUCUGGUAAAGGACCCGUGGUUUCGAGGUUUGUGGACUCUCCAGGAGGCCUUUUUCUCGGCGGAUGCCUUCCUGGUCUCAAAAGAAGCCCAACUCAUCGAAAUUUCCCGUGAUGAUGGUCAGCAAGCCGCGACCCUUCGCACCCUGACCGACGCAUGCCGCACCAUUCUGCGUUGUUGUCAAGACGAUCUUCACCCAAACAAAUCGCAACCCACACAUAUCUUCGAAGCAGUCAGAAUAUGUGUGCAGAUUCUAAAGAUUUCGGGGCUUGCCACACUGGCAUUCCCACAUCCCAUCAACUUCUACUCUGCCGCGCGCUACCGUCUAACAACUGCGGGCGACUUGGAUUAUUUGGAAGCAAUCACGCAGAUCUUUGGCGUUGAGCUGGAUUUGUAUGGCGAAGACCGCGCUUCGAAUCCCGUGUGUGCAGGGGAAAUGGAGGUUCGCAUCGGCGCUCUGAUGUUUGAGAAUGACCCUGAGGACUAA